UGCGAUUGCCUUGCAAAGUCAGUGUGCCAAACAUCAGCAAAUCGCAAAUGGACGGAUCCGUCAGAGCCGCGAAGGAUGGUGGAAAACUCGCUGCCAUAGAAAGCCAUAGAACGCAAACUAUCCAAAACGAGAUUUAAUCGGGAAAGAGCUGGAUGCUUAACUCAACAUAACACAUUUUUACUCGUAGGCUACAUCAUAACCUUAUGCAACAUCGGCUCUGUCCGAGGACUGCGUAAAGGUACUGGAAAGGUUUUGGGAGCGAGAAUGGAGCGGGCGCCAAGCUCAAGCCCCAGCGGCGUAAAUCAGCCCGCACAACCUCCCCAGCAUGAACCUAUUAGUUUCGGCAUUGACCAGAUUCUCAGUGGUACCGACCAGGACGGUUCACAGAACACCACCCGGAGUGGUUCGGAUACUGGGAACGUCACAAGUGGAGGAAGUUACCACCUCGUUAGUCCAAGUGGAGCCAGUGCAGCGCCCUUCACUUCGCUUUCCGGUUCUUUCCAUGGAAUCGCAUCAUCAUACGAGGAAUCAAGUGCAUACGGAGUGAACUUGACUUUCACCCCAGGAGGGGUGAUACGAGUCCCGGCGCACAGGCCGCUGGCCGCCGCAGUGCCUCCUCCUAUAGCCAGCGCGGUACCAGGGCUCGGCAGCAUCAGCUUCCCCUGGAUGGAGAGCAGCCAAAGAUUCGCAAAGGAAAGAUUCGCAGCUGCACUGACGCCAUUCACAGUGACCCGGCGGAUUGGUCACCCCUAUCAGAACCGCACCCCUCCGAAGAGGAAGAAGCCGCGGACAUCUUUCUCCCGGGUGCAGAUCUGUGAGCUGGAGAAACGCUUUCAUAGACAGAAGUACCUGGCCAGCGCUGAACGGGCCGCUCUCGCCAAGACCCUCAAGAUGACCGACGCACAGGUCAAGACCUGGUUCCAGAACCGCAGGACCAAGUGGAGGCGACAGACAGCUGAGGAGAGGGAGGCGGAGCGGCAGCAGGCCAAUCGGCUGAUGAUCCAGCUGCAGCAUGAUGCCUUCCAGAAGUCCUUGAGUGACUCGGUUCCGUCCGAUCCACUCUGCAUCCACAACUCCUCCCUGUUCGCCCUGCAGAACCUGCAGCCGUGGGCCUCUGAGGAAGCAGCAAAGAUGGGCCGUGUCACCGCUUUAGUGUGACAGGGACAGGGUGGGGCCCUCUGGGACAUUACACACUCGGACUGAUAUCUAAGAAACUGCACAAAGGUGAUCCGUGAGCAAAUUGAAAUGAAUGAUUUAUUAUUGUCCAUCCAGAACAUAGCCAAAUUGUGUCUGAGGGAGUCUGAAGAUUAAACAAAAACUCCAGCUUCUAAGUACCCUGAUAUGAUCUGGACAUGCAGAAUGUUUGCUGGGUCCUUUGUGUCAGACGCAUCCUAGGUGGUAGCCUAUGAGCUGUGGCGAUGUACGUGACACACGUCACUGAGCCAGGCCUAUAAUUCCAAACUGACAUAUUGACUGACUGACACAGCACAGAUUGGCUCAUCUGUUUCUCCCACGUCCCAUCUGUUCCUUCACCACUACAGUUACACUAUCAGCUCUGUGCCCCUGCAUCUCAGAGCCGACCAGUCUGCAAAGGAUGAGAAAUGGAUGGGAAACAGAGAGAGAGAAUACACUAAUGUUCUGAGAAUAUAUAAAAUGUCGUUGUUGCAUGGAAUCAUUCUCAUCAUCCUCUCAUUUUCCAUCUUGAAUUCGAUCUAAUUGUUUCCUCUUUAGACUGCUGGUUAGCAGGAUUCUUUUGUACUGGGUGGAGACGGACUUAGGCAAACACAGAUCCUAAAAAGCCACUGAAUGUAUUACACGCUUUGAUUCCAAUCUAUUAACACUCUGAAGCUCAAUUAGGGUGAAUAAUUACAUUUGAAUAAGAAGGCAAACUAUAAAACCAGAUAGCCACAAGUGAGAUAUUGUAGAAAAAACAACUUGCUGUUCUAUUGGCCACCCAGAACACUAGCAAGACAUCUACUUUUUUUUCUCUCUCUCUCUAUAUAUAUAACUCAUUGAAGGGUUAAUACACAGCUCAAGGGCUAUUUUAGAAUAAUAACAUUUGCCAGUGGGACAAGAAGCAAUUCAGUAAAAGAGGAAGCUAAUUAUUUAUAGUGUUGUGUUAUUCAUGCCAGGCUGGACCCAUUCACUGGGAAGUGUGGUGCAUGAGGGUGGUAUAUCAGACCUGAGAGGUGGAGAGUCUGGUUGACUUUGUUCAAAUGUGGUGUAAAGGACUUUGUUGUAUGAGUCAUCUGAGAAUAUUUGACGCGGUGAAAUAGAUGGAUGAUAACAGCAUCUCUCCCCGUGUAUCAUAUUUGAGAAAUAUGUAAAUAACUAAACAAAACCUAAUAAUA